CAAACUAACCGGGUAGUCAGAGGCAAAGGGCAGAAAGUGACGUUUAUUGCAGCCAUAGUCAAGAAGCAGUGAAAAUUUUGACUCGAGCGGCAGAAAACAGCACUUCUUUGGCAAAAAUGUUUCAAUUUUUACUUCUAAACUAGUGUAAAGUUGAAUAUUUUUGUUUUUGUUCGCCGUAUGCAAGAAAUGGAUAAGAAUAAAUCACCCAUACGCCGCGCAAAACGUCAAUCAAAAGUUGUAGAGGAAAAUUUUUGGGAUUGCAGUGUCUGCACCUAUCGAAACACAGCCGAAGCGUUCAAGUGCUUAAUGUGCGACGUACGAAAAGGCACAUCCACCCGCAAACCGCGCCUUAACUCGGCCCUUGUGGCACAACAAGCGGCGACGCAGGCUUUCCCGGGUGCCUCAGGAGCGCCACCUCAAAACUCCAAAUCUCCGGGAAACAAAACAUCACGCAGCAAGAACAAAAGAUCAAAAUACCCGGCACGGUUGAAAAACAUUGAUCGAUCCAGCGGUCAAACACGGGAAGUUACGGUGAAUUCUGUCACGGUAGUAAUUACUGAGUAUAAACCGAAAUCGUCUGUCAGUCGACACGAUUCAAGUGAGAGCUUUAGUGAGAGCAACGACUCCAGAAGUUAGAUUAAUUGUAGAUUGAUAAUUCAAAAGAUGAAUAAUUUAUUGCAACAUUUUAACCGAAUCAGCAAGACAUUGAAGUUCGGCACAAUUUAUAUGAGGAAAAUGUGAAUAAUAGUUUAUAACUGCUCAAUGCUUUCUUGUUUAAUUUAUUCUGUGUUACAAAACUUAUGUUUUAAUUGUAACUUUCCAUAUUAGUUUUUCUCGAACUGAAUUCUAUUACUCACAGCGAAAACGUGCAAAACAUUAAUUUCCAGCCUACGAUAUUGAUUUUACUUACUACGGAAAAUCACAAAAGGAACUAGAUAAACUAGACUGUACUGAUUUAACUGUAAAUUUUAUAUUUGUUAGGAUAUAGUAACAUAUUCUUCAAUGAUUUGAUUUAAAAAUCAUUUCGCCAAACAUGCGGUUGUUUCUGUUAGUUAUGUUGUAAAAUUUAUAAUUUUUAUUGAACAUUGUACUAUGAUGACUUACUAGCAUAACGUUGAAAUAAAUCAAUUGCAUAUAAAACGAAAGAGUAAAACUGCCACAUACUUCAGAAACAGGAUUGCCGACAAACCACAUUAUAUUUGCAAAUAAAACCACAACGCGACACCUUAAACAAGAACUUCCUGAGCCGAUCGUUUGAGAGUUAUUUUUGUAAACUAAGCUGUCGAAUGCAGACGAGAUGCAUUUAAUAUACAUACUACAUGCUAACUGAAUAAUACGUUUAUCCAUCGAAUGUAGGGUCGAAAAAUUCUUACAGAAGAAACCAGCUCUUCACUACAAAGUCUGAUUUAUCCGUCGUAAGGUGUGUGGAACUAGGAAACAGAUGAGUUUUCAAUUUAGUUAAACUGACUAAUAAUGAAGAUUAGCCAUGGAAUCAAAAUAAAUAAAUAAAUACGAUGAAAUUAUUAUUCAGUUAAAUUGACAAUGCCCUAUGCUCGCCGAAGUUGAAAUUUAUCAAAAGAUUAUAUGAUUUUGAGUACCGCCCUCCAUUCGACAAUUACCAGUAUACAGUAAUAUGUUUCGUAUCCUCGCCAAAUUCAGGUAUAAUUUGAAUUGCUUUAAGUGAUCUGAUAAUGUCAUAAUAUUAGUUAUUAUGGAUUACACUACCCAUGAUCGCAUAGUUGUCCCAUUUUCCAUGGGAUUUCCUAUCUUUAUGGGACUGAUAUGCGAUCAUGGGCAGAAACAGUAACAGUACUCCGAUAAACAUAUUCUGAUUUGUAAUACAGACAAAUGUAGUGUUCCACGUCAAACGAGAAUUGCACACAAACGGAUCUAGAGAAGAUUCAGUAAUCCUGGAAUCCCGUUUAUGUCAUUGCCCUUUCGCGAGUUUGCUAGUUUCAGGCUCAUUCAAUACAAAAUAAGAUUGGUAAUGAAAACAAUAAAAAGAAUUAGAUACCAUUUGCAAGAUUCGAUAAUGUAAG